UUAAAAGUGAGCACCUCGAGCGCUAGCGGGUUUCAGUUCAGUAUCGGUUUAGUUCCUCUGGAGUGCACGUUAUCUCUGCGUCCCAUCUUAGCGCGAGUUCAACAGACACACCUCUCAGCCCAACACGAUGAGGCUAGCUAUUUUCGUGAGCUUGAUCGUAAAACUGGUGGCUGCCCAAAUCAGUUACAAACAGUGUGCCAACAAUGAGUUAUGUGUCAACGUAAAAAUCUGCCCCACAUUCAAGGAUCAUGUUAAGACGAAUUAUCGAAGCUGGCCGCAAGGAGUGCAAAAGCUACUGAGAAGCACUCUAUGCAAUCGAGAGGACAUCGGAGGGGAAACUGUUAUUAGCGUCUGUUGCCCAACUGUGAUGAAUCCUAGGGACUGUGGGGAGCAAAGUGAUCAGAGGAUAUCCAAUGGCCAAGUGGCUAAAAUCUUCAUGUUCCCGUGGAUGGCACUGCUAAAAGAUGAGAAGGGAAAUUUCGUAUGCGGCGGAACGCUGAUCAGUCCGAGAUACGUUCUGACGGCCGCCCAUUGCCACAAGUCUUUCCAGCGCAUCGUAUCUGUGCGAUUGGGCGAAAACGACAUCCGCACACCUAAAGACUGCCAGACGAUCGGUAAGGAAACCGAAUGCGCUCCGGUUCAUCAAGACAUCGCCGUAGAAGAUUUCAUCAAGCAUCCAAAUCACACCGAGCGCUACAAGAAGAAUGACAUCGCGCUUAUCCGUCUCGAACGUGCACCCGUUCUUCAUGAUAGCGUUCGACAAAUCUGCCUGCCAAGUGGAACUCCCGAGCAGCGAAUGAUCAAGCCACCGUUUCUGAUCGUAUCGGGCUGGGGUCUCACCGAGAAUGGAUCAUCGUUCGAUGUGCUGAGAUAUGCGAAGGUUCCACCGAUGGAGCUGGAUGAUUGUGGCACGAGUCUGAGGCAGCUGGAGCCUUUGUUGCGCCUGGACUCGAGUCAGAUUUGUGCUGGCGGUGUUGAUCGGUCGGAUAACUGCGCCGGAGAUUCGGGUGGUCCAUUGCAGCAUAUUUUUGGCCCAAGAGCACAGUAUGUUCAGUACGGCGUGGUAGCUUUCGGACAAAAGGGCUGCGGUGAGGACAACAAACCUGGAGUGUACACGAACGUGGUACACUAUCUGAACUGGAUAUUCGAGAACCCAGUCUUAUUGAAUGCAUUGUUGCGACCGGUCGAGCUACAAGUGGCUCCGAUCUUCGUCUUCUAUAAUCAAGAGCAGACGAACGUUCUAGCCGGUCGAACAAUUAUAAUUCGGUUAAUGAAAAAAAUAAAAAAAUUGCCAAGAUCAAUGGAAGGAUUGAGAUUGUUCAUCUGCGUUCUGUGCGUAAAUUUUGCCGUUGGACAGCUGAAGCUGAAACAAUGCGGAAGUGAGCAGAAGUGUGUGCCGUUUAAUGACUGUGCCGAAUAUAAACAAUAUGUUUUAGUGAAAACUAACCUUUGGCCUCGCUUAAUACAAGUGGAGGUCGGAAACAAUCUCUGCAAUUACGAAAAGCAAGGAAAAAUAAUAAUUUUUAGCAUCUGUUGUACACAAUCUGGCCCACAGUCAGGAUUAGCUAUGCUGGAUACGAAGAGUUGCGGAAGAACGAGUGGCGAUCGGGUGUCGAAAGGUAACGAUACCGCACUGUACACUUAUCCCUGGAUGGCAUUACUACAAGCAGACGAUGGUGCAUUCGUUUGUGGAGGAACUCUGAUUACCAAGCUUUAUGUUCUCACCGCAGCACACUGUUCCCAUAGACGUUCAAUAGAAUCUGUACGCUUGGGAGAACACGACCUAUCCAAAGCACAAGAUUGUAUUGAGCAUGUAGAUGGAGACGACUGUGCGCCAGAUCCCCAGAACAUUGCAGUUGCCAAAUUUAUUAGACACGAAAAGUACAGUUCGUCAAAGCGCAAACAUGAUAUUGGGUUGAUCAGACUAGCUACUUCCGCUGUGAUUAAUGAUAAUGUGCAAACAAUUUGUCUCCCAAUCAGCAACUUUCGGAACAAUCCUGAACCGGAAAGGAUGAUCGUCACUGGAUGGGGCAAUACUGAGGAAAACAAUGGAUCCUCCGAUAUAUUGCAGUCCGUUAGUCUGCCAAUCGUUUCCAACGGUGAAUGUAGGCCAACACUAAUGCAACUGAAUGAUGCCAUUUCACUGGAUGAUGACACUCAGCUUUGUGCGGGUGGCGUGGAUAGAAUGGACAAUUGCGCCGGUGAUUCGGGAGGACCACUACAGUAUUUUUCAAACACAGAGGCACGUGCUGUUCAGCAUGGAAUUGUGUCGUAUGGACUGAGCUCUUGUGGUGUUGAAAGUUUACCGGGAGUGUACACUAAAGUUUCAUAUUACAUUAAUUGGAUUUUACAGAACAUAGUUUAGGUUUUACAUAUAUUUAUAUUGGAGACAAUAAAAUUAAGUUAAUUAACAUUUUUGGUUAAGUAUGUGCACUUGACAAAAAUUAGAAGAGCUGAUGAAUGAAUGCUUGCACUGAAAUUUAACUUUUUUUUCAAAUUAACUCGAAGCAUUAACAUGUACUGUUGAUUGCCCGCUAGUCUAGAGCGAACCUUAAACAAUGAUCUUAUUGAAUAUCCAAAUAGUUCUUAAGUAUCUCUCAGCAACAUUACAUCUCCCAGGCCCCAAAAUCUAUUUCCCGAAGAAAUAAUCCACAAAUUACACUAUGCUGUGUAUAGAGAUUCAUAAUGAGAGAAUGAGGAAGGGUGACUGAAUUUUGGAGAAUGAAGAGAUGAGAGAAAUAGAUAGGGUAGCUUGGGAUAGAAGUUGUGAUGUUCGGGGACUUAGUUUUGUACGAUAGACUCUAAUGGUUGUGGAAAUAAACGUGGCUUAUAUAAUCUGCAAAUUAA